AUGUGGCAUGACAUGAGCGGAGGCAGAGCAUUACCGACCGCUCGUAGUGGUGCCAGUAAAAUGAAUCGGUCGUGGGAUGUAAAACUGUUCCCAGCUGCUUUCAGUGCACUGUACAAGGUUUCUACCAUUUUGCUUACUGAAUCGACCUACGCCAUGAAGUUAGCAGUUCAUAUCCUGAUCUUUCUGACUGCACAUAUCAUCAUGUGUACACGAGGAGACUUCCUAGAAACUGCAUGCGGUGAAAAUGGCACGUAUUUCUCAUGUUAUAAUGGAUGUGAACCGACGUGCGCCCAUCCUGAUGUCGCUUGCCUUGCUGUAUGUGGAGGCGGUGGAUGUGUGUGCAAAAGAAAUUUCCUUCGUAAUAAAGAUGGGAAAUGCGUGUUGAAAGAGGAAUGUUAA